UCUUAAGUUUAUUCUUGAUCUUGUUUAUUUCUUUGGGGUUUCCUAGAUCCUCUUUGAGCUGCGGAAACACUUCAACCGCGAUGGAGGGAGGGAAUGAUGCGGCGAGGACAAGACCGAUAGCCGUUUUCAUAGCUUUCGGCACCAAAGGCGACGUCUACCCUAUAGCUGCCAUUGCUGCAGCUUUUUCUACGGACCUGAAUGGUUACGACGUCGCUUUUAUCACUCAUUCAGCGCAUGAGAAUCUAAGUUCACAUUUGGCAAAAAGGGAUGUAACUUAUGUUCCAGUUUCCUCGCCACCUGUUCUUUCUAGUAAUGGAACUGAUGAUAAUACAGGUUCACCGGAACUAGAAUUUUUAGAGCAGAAAAAGAUUAUUACAAAAGAGCACAGAAGAGAAUGCUAUUCGGCAGUUGAAAGGCUACUCGGUGAUGAUCCAUGCUUGGAGGGUGAUUUUAUUGGGAUAAAUUUCUUUGCUUUGGAAGGGUGGAGCCUUGCAGAACUUUUCUCUGUCCGUUGUAUUGUUCUUGCUCCUUACGUCGUUCCUUAUAGUGCACCUUCAUUCUUUGAGCGUCACUUCAGAAAAGAACUUCCUCUUUUGUACAAAUAUUUCCAGGAAGCUCCCGCUGAUAAGGUUUGUUGGAAAGAUGUAAUUCAUUGGAUGUGGCCACUUUUUAGUGAAAAUUGGGCGUCAUGGAGAAGUGAGGAUUUGAAUUUGAGUCCAUAUCCUUUUACAGAUCCGGUAACAGAUCUUCCUACUUGGCAUGAUAGGCCACCAUCUCCCUUACUAUUGUAUGGGUUUAGCAAAGAAAUUGUUGAGUGCCCUGAUUAUUGGCCAUCAAAUACUCGGGUUUGUGGCUUUUGGUUUGUCCCUAAAGAGUGGCAGUUUUCCUGUCUAGAAUGUGGACAAAUUUCAACACUGCUUUCCUCAGGGUAUCUAACCACUGAUGAUCUGUGUCCAGCUCAUGCUGAUCUACAAUAUUUUCUAAAAAAUCCAUUGUCAAGGCCACCGAUAUUCAUAGGGCUGAGUUCUAUUGGAAGUAUGGGGUUUAUGAGGAAUCCUCGAGCAUUUCUAGAUGUUGUCCGAACUGUUCUAGAAGUUACGUGUCACAGAUUCAUCCUUUUUACAGAUGGCUACGAACCAUUAGAUGCAGCAGUCCAGGAAAUUGCCUAUGAAGCAUCUUCUAUUUCGAAUCAAAGGUGGUCAGUUCUAAAGGGGAUCUCUCUUUUUGAUAGCCGGCUCUUUUGCUUUUCGGGUAUGAUACCUUACAAUUGGCUGUUCCCGAAAUGUGUAGCUGCAAUUCAUCAUGGAGGGAGUGGAUCCACUGCUGCUGCACUACAUGCUGGUAUCCCUCAGAUUAUAUGUCCGUUUAUGCUGGACCAAUUCUACUGGGCGGAGAAAAUGUUUUGGCUUGGAGUUGCUCCAGAACCUUUGAGUAGAAACCACCUCGUUCCAGAAAAUAUUUGUAACACAAGUAUCAGGGUCGAAGCAAAUGUACUAUCACAAGCAAUACAUGAUGCAUUAUCUCCUAGAAUCAAAGAAUGUGCAUUAGAAAUUGGUAAAAGGAUUUCUCCCGAGGAUGGAGUUUCAGAAGCUGUGAAGAUCCUCAGGGAAGAGAUCGGGUGUACAGCUUAUGAUUAACAAGAAGCUUUGUUAAAAACAGGAGAAAAAUUGUAAAAUGGAUGCCAAUGGUAAUAAUGUCAGCAUCAAACUCCUCCAACUUUGAGAGAUUGCUUUGAAGCCAUCCGAUGUAUUGCUGCAAACAAACUUCUGAUCUUGGUAGGUGCAAGUUGUAUUGUUCCUAAAUCACUUUAUGCGGAACGGCGCACACGCCAGUGCAAGAGUGAACGCUGGAGGCUGCUACCCCGAUCCCUGUCCUGUAGGUCACUUAGCAACAUAUACCAUCGCUAAUACCCUUU